AAUGGCUCACAGUAGACACUUGAAAACUUGACAAACUUUGCAGCAAUGCAGUGACCAGAGUGCAACAGGCUGCAGGAAGACAGAUUUCAGGACAGAAGAGGAAAAGUGCCCCCCUCCCCUUCUAAAUCCCUCCCAAGCCAGACCGGCUCGCUGGUUUGGGGUCUCCGCCGCAGGACAGAAGGGAACAAACUGCCACCUGCCUCCCCUGCAGCUGUGUGUGAGAACAAGGUGGAACCAGACACAACUGGAACAGCCGUGAGCCUGAUACUCUGGAGUGGCAGUGUACGUAUAUGGUUUGUGCAUCUCCACUGGUUGUCUGGAGAAGAAAUCAUCUCAUCUUUCUUUGGUGUCACAAAGUGAAAUCAGCAUAGUGUGUGAGCGGGAGCCCUGAGAGGGUCGGUGGUUGCGCUCAUAGUUUGUGGCCAUGGCGACGCAGGGGCCGGCGGCCCGGCUCUUGGUGCUGCUGGCUGUGUUGGCGGUGGCUCAUGCUUCCAUCUUCCUGUCCAAUCAGAGACUGAAACCUCGGUUCCAGCGAGACAGGCGCAACAUCCGCCCCAACAUCAUCCUCAUCCUCACCGAUGACCAGGACAUUGAAUUGGGCUCCAUGCAGGUCAUGAAUAAGACCCGGCGGAUCAUGGAACAAGGUGGAACGCACUUCUCCAAUGCGUUUGUCACCACGCCCAUGUGCUGUCCGUCACGGUCCUCCAUGUUGACGGGGAAGUACGCCCACAACCACAACACCUACACCAACAACGAGAACUGCUCUUCACCCUCCUGGCAGGCCCAACAUGAGCCGCGCACUUUUGGAGUUUACCUCAACAACACUGGCUACAGGACAGCGUUUUUUGGGAAGUAUCUGAACGAGUAUAACGGUACAUACAUUCCUCCGGGCUGGAGGGAGUGGGUCGCAAUGGUGAAGAAUUCCCGCUUCUACAACUACACCCUGUGCAGGAAUGGUGUCCGAGAGAAACACGGAUUUGAAUACUCAAAGGACUACCUGACAGAUCUCAUAACCAAUGACAGCAUCAGUUACUUCCGCAUGUCAAAGAAGAUCUACCCACACAGACCCAUCCUGAUGGUGAUCAGUCACGCCGCCCCUCAUGGCCCCGAGGACGCAGCUCCACAGUACACCACUGCUUUCCCUAAUGCUUCACAGCACAUAACGCCAAGCUAUAACUACGCCCCUAAUCCAGACAAACACUGGAUUAUGCGUUACACCGGCCCCAUGAAGCCCAUUCACAUGGAGUUCACCAACAUGCUGCAGCGCAAGAGACUGCAAACGCUGCUGUCCGUGGAUGAUAGUGUGGAGAAGAUAUAUAACAUGUUGGUGGACACUGGGGAGCUGGACAACACGUAUGUGAUCUACACGGCUGACCACGGAUACCACAUCGGUCAGUUCGGACUGGUCAAGGGGAAAUCCAUGCCCUACGAGUUUGACAUCAGAGUUCCCUUUUACAUCCGCGGCCCAAAUGUGGAAGCAGGAGGCAUCAACCCGCACAUCGUGUUGAACAUAGACUUGGCCCCCACCAUCCUGGAUAUUGCAGGGAUUGAUGUUCCUCCAGACAUGGAUGGCAAGUCCAUCCUCAAGCUCCUGGACACAGACCGUAUAAUGAACAGGUUCCAGCUCAACAAGAAAGGAAAAGUGUGGAGGGACUCGUUCCUGGUGGAGAGGGGGAAACUGCUACAUAAAAUACUGAAUGAUGGGAAAGAUAUGGCCCAAGAGGAAAACUACCUUCCCAAAUACCAGCGUGUCAAAGACCUGUGCCAGCGCGCAGAGUACCAGACGCCAUGUGAACAGAUCGGUCAGAAGUGGCAGUGUGUUGAAGACGCCACAGGGAAGCUGAGGUUGUCUAAAUGCAAAGGCAUGGCCAGUCUGUCCGCAGUGCGGAAGCCAUCUGUAUCCAGCAUCAAAUCACAGAUUUAUCUUCAGAGCAUGAGCGCUGAUGUCAGCGUGAACGCUGAGCCUCAAGCAUGCAACUGUGAACCCAAAAGCUACAGCACAUUCUCCAAGAAUAAACUGUUCUCCAAAAAGAAACUCAAAUCACUGAAGAGCUAUUCCAGGAACCGCUUUGCCCGUGCUGUUUCCAUGGAGAUGGGAGGAGACCUGUACGCAGUGGACCUGGAUCAUGAAUACAGACCCGCAGGCCCCAAGAACCUCAGCCUCAGGCAAAACACAGCGGACGAGGAGGAGUUCAGCGGUAUGGGACCCACUGCAGUCAGCCAGACCAGCAACAGCCUGACUGUGCCCUCGUCUAUUAAAGUCACUCACAGAUGUUCCAUUUUGGCAAAUGAUACAGUGAAAUGUGACACUGGUCUGUACAAAUCGCUGCAAGCAUGGAAGGACCACAAGCUGCACAUCGACCAUGAAAUCGAAACACUCCAGACCAAGAUUAAAAACCUGCGUGAGGUCAGAGGUCACCUGAAAAAGGCACGACCCGAAGAGUGUGACUGCAACAAAUACUAUUACAAAUCAAAGUACAAGAGUAAACUGAGGAGAUACAAAGCAGGAAGUGUCCAUCCAUUCAGGAAAGGACAAGAGAAGGAUAAGAAGGCCUGGUUGUUACUGGAGCAAAAGCGCAGGAAGAAGCUGAGGAAGUUACUGAAGCGUCUGCGUAACAAUGACACCUGCAGCAUGCCUGGCCUUACCUGCUUCACACACGACAACCAGCACUGGCAGACCGCUCCGUUCUGGACAUUGGGGCCGUUUUGUGCAUGCACUAGUGCCAACAACAACACCUACUGGUGCAUGAGGACCAUUAAUGAGACACACAACUUCCUGUUCUGUGAAUUUGCUACUGGAUUUCUGGAGUACUUUGACAUCAACACGGAUCCAUAUCAGUUGGUGAAUGCGGUGAACACACUGGACCGGUAUGUUCUCAAUCAACUGCAUGUUCAGCUCAUGGAGCUCAGAGGCUGUAAGGGACACAAGCAGUGUAACCCUCGCACACGCAGCCUCGACAUGGAGGACAGAUUUGGGAAGGAUGGGAAGGAUAACUCAUGGAACGAGGACGUCCCGGAAGACACCGACCUGUUUCCCGGCGAGUCGAACUGGUCCGAACUUGAACCUUUGUACAGACUUGAUGAGCACGCCUACGAUCUCAAACUCAACUUCACCCUCAGCCUCGAGGACUGGGCUCAUUUCAGCCGCUCCGUGGACCACAUGUUCACGCUCCUCAGCAACGACAACCAGCCGUACUCUCCGCCCCGCCCUGCUGACGAACAAACAGGGAGAGGCCACGCCCUGGUGUCCUCCAGCCAAUCCGCUUCAGCCAUCUACCUGACCACUCUGGCCACACCCGCUCUUUUAUUGAAGGAAGCUGGUGCUGAGGUUUUGAGAGAUGCUUUGGGGCUGAACCAACAGGAACGUCCCUCUUCUUCUUCUCCUUCGUCUUCGUCGCGUCCCACGCGACCUGUCGGGUCGCAGACGGACAAUGCGGGCUGGGACGCUCCUCUUGGAGAACUGAAAGAGGACAGACAAAGAGAAGGGAGGGACGGUGAUGAGGAGGAAGAGGAGGAGUUUGUUCAGAGACGGACAGGAAAGUUAAGCUCCACCCACUGCAAUGACAUUUUGCAGGAAACGGUUUGACUCUCACGUAAUAUUCCUUUCUCAUGCCGUCCCUCGUCAGAAAGACUUCUAAAUUUGACGGAAGUGAAGAAAGAGGAGGUUUAAUGCCAGCGUACGGCCCUUCGGUUUAUUUUAUGGUUCCCUUGCUCCGUUAUCGACUGGCCUCAGAAGCACCCAGCGGCAUUUCCAGCUACAGAAUGUUUCCCAACUUGUCCGUAAGAUAGGCUAGGAUUUGAGCAGAUCUUUUAACUUAGAAAGAUUCUUCACUGUUUUUAUUCAUUUAUUCAUCUUCUUUUUUUUUUUUGAAGGGAUUAUGGAAGGUUGGGGGCUUAAAACUUAGGAAUGGGAAUGAGUUGUUUUGUCCGUUCAUACUUGAUUCAGUUUGAAACCGGUUUUGCACCACAAUCCUUGAUGAUGGCUGCUUCUCUCUUGCUUGGAGUCUCACUUUGUGGGACAUUGUCUUAUACAGCCUUACAACUUCACUGAACAUCACCUCAGACAGGUCAAUGGCGAAUGUGUGUGUGUUGUGUGAGUGUGUGAACAUGCUAUACCUAAGUCAGAAGUGAAUAUGAGUGUGAUAAAUUGAAGCUUUCUGAUUUCAUUUGUUGCUCCCGGUGUAUGUUAUAGCGUUAUUUUGUUUAUGCUUAAAUAUUGGGCAAGUUGACAUUUCUUGCAAAGUUUCUUUGCUGCUUGUUGCAGCAUCAUGAGUUGAACCAAUGAACCACAAGAAAGAAAAAGAAAAAAUGGUUCAUUUGAUGUAUCUGUCAUUAUUUGUGUUUGACAAAAAUGUAUGUUCCCCCCCCCAAGCACACAGAGAAAGAAAUUUUGCCACGCCAUAUUUGCUUGUUCUUAAACAUUUUGCUAUACACAGUGCUACUAAUAUCAGAGCAAAUACAUGAAAUGGAUGUAUGUAUUUUAAUGUGUGUUUGCAAUGUAAAUGGUUAAAGGAUAUUUUUACUACACAUUUAAAGUGAAACUGACCACCAGACAUAAACAGACAUCAGGUUUUAUUAUUUAUGCAGCAUAAUUUUUAACAGUUCUUUAAUACACAUAUUCAUUUUUUAUGGUGAUGUGUCUGAGAUUGUUUAAAUUAUUAAUCCACCUUCCCAAAGUGUUUUGAGAUCAGUUUGGUUCUUAGAUGAUUGUGAUUGAUCAUUAUAAUGUUCAAGAGGGUAAUCUGAUCCCUGAUCAGUCCAGUUACUCUGGGAUACUUCAUCAGUACAGGUCAUUGUGUUCGCAUAUAUUUCAUAUCAAUGUACAACAUCCACCCCUCACCUCUCGUGGCUGUACUAAAAGCAGUUUUGUCUGAGAUUGUUUAUGGUUGUUUUGAAAACCAUCAAUUAUUGUAAAGAUGUACCGUGUAGAUAAUGGAGGAUAAGAGCCAACUUGGAGAGAGGAGAAAUUUUCUUUUGGCACUUUCAAAGGGAUGGCUGUUUUUGAAAUUUAAAAGAGAUGAGAUGGUUUUAACAAAGUCUUGUACAGUUCUAUAGAUUUAUCAUACCUAUAUUUUUGUUUUGGUUUACCAGUGAACAUUUGAUAGUGCUCAUUACUUUGUGAAUAAAGUGUUGAAUGCCCAAA